CCCACAACCAUCGUCCAGUGGCUAUCAGAACAAGACUACAAACUUGAGGCUUUAAGGACUCGACGCAUCUUGAAGUCCCCAGGAUCGCUGACCGCGCUACUCAGCCAUGCACUCAAGACACAUUCCCCCCGAGAUCCUCUCUGAGAUCUUCUUGCAGUGUCUCGACUUCACAUCUUGGAGUGAUCGCGAUGAACCUAUGCUCUGCUCCCCCGACGAUGCGCCUCACCUGCUCACUCAGGUCUGCCGCUCCUGGCGCACAGUGGCCAUGUCGACUCCGCGCCUCUGGUCCACCUUGUCCCUCCCCGAUGUUCCCAUUACAUCCGAGCAAUGUGAAUGCCUAUAUGCACAGGUUCAGGUUUGGCUCUCGCUGUCUCGGUCCUUGCCACUGUCCUUCACGCUACGCAUGGAUGAUGAGGACGCGGUCGCGCUCCACCGGUAUGUCUCCCUACUGCAGACAGAAAUACACCGCUGGAAGGUGGCCCGAUUCGAGGUCUCUCGCAAUUCAAUACGCAGUUUUCCCGUAUUCGAGCCUGGUUCGACACCUCUCCUUGAGGAGUUUUGUCUCAACGGCAUCGUCGACACCGACGGUGAGGGGGUCCCGACGGUGAUGACGGCCCUUGCCUCGGCGCCGCGCCUGUACGAACUUGAGCUCCAUCACAACAAGACAUACCAUUGGGCGCUGCCGUGGGCGAGCCUGACAACAUUGAACAUCUUUGAUUAUACUAGCGACUUCAAGACCGAGUGUCUCGCGCACUUCUGCGAAAUGCUGGGCGCGUGCCCAAGCCUCGAGAGCCUCUCAUUCGGAGUCUCAACCAGCACUAGCGGCCUC